AGUGCGUAACCUCUGCUGAAUACUCUCUCCUUUUCAGCACGCGUGGCUGUGCACGGGAGCAAGGCUAUUCCGGUUGUUUUAGGGCUCCGUGAGCAAAUCUGUCGGAAGGGAGUUUUGUGCUGGGAAAUGGAGCUGUCGGGCUGCGUGGACGUCUUCAGGCAAGGCUAAUUCGGGUUUGGUGCCAGCCAUGCCCACCAUGAUCUUCAGCUUCCCUGGAGUCUUGUAGGACGUCCUGCAGAAAAAUGCUCACUUAAAGGGGGAAUUCUCAAAGUUUCAAGGAUGGUCCGCACACUGUAUGCCAUCGGUGCCUUGUUUCUUUUGAUGGGAUUUCUGCUUCCAGCAGUGGAAGGGAGAAAGAGGAAUCGUGGAUCUCAAGGUGCUAUCCCUCCUCCUGACAAAGAUCAGCCCAAUGAUUCAGAGCAAAUGCAGACACAACAGCAGUCAGGUUCCAGGCAUCGAGAACGAGGAAAAGGCACCUCAAUGCCUGCUGAAGAGGUGCUGGAAUCCAGUCAGGAGGCUUUGCACAUCACUGAGCGCAAAUACUUAAAGCGGGAUUGGUGUAAAACUCAACCCCUCAAACAAACUAUCCACGAGGAAGGCUGCAACAGUCGUACCAUUAUCAACAGGUUCUGCUAUGGCCAGUGCAAUUCCUUCUACAUCCCCAGGCAUGUCCGUAAAGAAGAAGGUUCCUUCCAGUCUUGUUCCUUCUGUAAGCCCAAGAAAUUCACCACCAUGACUGUUACACUCAAUUGCCCUGAGCUUCAGCCCCCAAGAAAGAAGAAAAGAAUCACCCGAGUCAAGGAAUGCCGGUGUAUAUCUAUUGACCUGGACUAAACUGAGACAAAAGUUGCAAUUGCACUCUAACUGUACUCAAUCAUUGCCAGCGUGAGAGUGAGUGGCAUGAACUAGCAUACCUUCAAGGCUGGACAAAACUGAAAGGGACCUAGUGAAUUACCUAAAACCAGCAAAAACCCUCCAAAGAGAAAGAAAAAAUUGAUGUAAGGAAAGGGCAUGCAUGUGUGUGUGUGUAAGGGAGAAAAUGGAUAUGUAUAAGCAAAUAUCUCAAUGUUCACUAAAAAAAAAAAAAAUUAACAGGGGUAUGAAAUAUUGAAAAAAUGCUAUUUACUCACAAUCAUGAAUUAGGGUUCCUAGCGUAUAUCCACAUUUUUGUGGCUUGCUGGGAAAGUGGAGCUGUGGGUUUUGUGAAUGUUCACCUUUUGUGCUAUUUGCUUUUACUGUAUUACAUGAAACAUCAAAGUGAGAGGACAAUACGUUUGAAAGCAUGAAUCUAUUCUUAUAUACAAAAUAGACAAAAUGCAGUUUAAAGUGUAGCAAAGCCAUCACUGAAAAUAGCAGCCAUGUCAAGAGUUUGUAACAUGCUUCUUCAGAAAAAUAGCUGUAAUCCAAAAGCCAUGUCUGGGGAACAAUGGGGGGAUGUGGUAGUGUUGAAAAGUCACUAUAGGUGGAUGGAAAACAGAGCUACAUCAGCUUAGAAAGAAAAAGGCCAAAGCAAGUAGUCAGGGAGAGUACAAAAGGGAGUAGAAAAAGGAAAGAUACACAAAUAGGAAGACACAGAGGAAGAGAUAUUGUCUUCUGUUUAUGUUUUGCUUUAAUUUAUAUACCUAGUCAUAUAUUACAUAAAUUAAAAAGAAACUAUAUACAAGGCUAUAAAUAUACUUCUGAAUUCUAAUGGUUCUCUAAACCAAUCAAACCCCACUCUUAUGCUACUAGAUUCAUUUGAUGUCUUGUAUUUCUGAUAUCAGUUAUUCUUCAUAUCUACAUAUAUAUGUAUAUGCAGUAUCUUUUAGUCAGUGAUAUCUAUACAUACAUGCAAUGAGUAUGCAUACUUCAGUGUGUGUAUCCAAACUCCUUCUCUUUUUCACACACAGACAUAAAAAACACAUAACCACAGCACAAAAAUCUUGCUAACCCAGAUCAAGUACAGAAUGGCAGUAAUUUAAUACAUAAAGAGCAAAGCAAAAAUUAAAACAAGCAUCAUGUGACUUCAAAUGCAAUAACCACACAAGAGACAAAAGACACGACAUUCAUGACUAGUAAACAUUGCAUUGUUAUUGUUAUUUUAGCUUUGCCACAGGCAUGCAGUUUGUUGAAACAGAGAUGCAGAACUUUGCCAGCAAUAAUUUUCUUUUUAUAUCUUUUGCCACAGACUUGCAUUUAAACUGGAUUUGGAGUAAGUACAGAAAAUUUCCUGAAAAUUGAGGGCUAACUGACCCUCUCAUUUGGGGGAAAGAAAACAUAGAAGGGGAUGCACUGCUUCCGACAGCUCGAUGACUCUCACCUGUGAGGUUAUCCUGCCUUUUCUUUCCUUCAGGAUUAGAAGCUUAAACUUGAUCAGGGGGUUUUGUAAGAGCACAGAAGGCCCUGCAAAAGAAGUUGGUUUAGCGGGGUGUGUUCUGGGCCAUUGGACCAGAAAGGCAGCCCUUCCAUGCAUGUAGCCCUUGCUUUCCCAUGUGCUUAAUGGGAAGCCUGGCAGUUGUCUCCCUGGCAGCAUCUCACACCACAUGGUGUGCAGACUGCUCCUGCUGUCCUGGGUGCUGCCUUUGCAAGGGCACUUUCAGGCCAGGUGCUGAAGAGCUUACAGGGUGCUGCAACCUCCCUGCCUGUGCUGUGCCUGUCCCUGUGCCUGUGCCUGCAGGGCCUCGGCAGCUGAUCCUGUCCAGUGGGUGCCGAAGUAAAGGAGUGUUCCUGUGUGAGAGUCAGCACCGGGCCUGAAAGCAACCCUGACCUCACUGAUAUGAGUGAAAUGGGAGUUAGGUCCUCACUUACUGUAUGAAGAGUCAUUGAUAGUUCAGAACUAGGUUUCCCCACCCAGUAGCAACAUUUUCCAGUAUCCACUAUCUGCAUAACUGUUCUCUCUCACAUCAGAUGCCUCUCUCUCAGCCACAAGGUGAUUAUUUUGACACCAUUUCUUGCCAUUGAAUGCUGAGGAAGACAAUUCCACCCUUAGUAACAUGUCCAAAGGGAAAAAUAUACAAUGAGUCACAAGUCACAGAUUCAUCCUGUUUGGACUCAUUAUAUUAGUUGUCCCACCUGUUAUACAGUGCAUCAGGUGAUAUCCUGCAUCUCUAGAAUUAAUCUAUUUUUACUUUAAAAUCCACUGCUGUGUAGGCUGCGUUUGUAAGAUGAAGAGAUUGCAACUCACUGAUUGAUAUUAUAAAAAUGCAUUUCAUUCGGUGUACUCUCACUCAGCAGGUUUGACACAUUUCUUCAUGGAUUUUAGAAUCCAAUUUUAAAAUCUGGAAUUAUAGGAGGUAGAUUUCCACUGUGUGGAAUGUGAAUAGUUAAACAGAAAGAUACAGAUAUUUAAUGUUAUUAUUAAUACAAAUUCUCUUUCACUGAUAAUAGGCAGGGAUUGUUUUCCUUUAAAUUACUUGUUUGAUUUUUAUUUUUUUUCAGAGGAAAGGGCCAACCUCAGUCAUGGCUGAAAGUUUUGGAGUAGCUUAGGUUUCUGUCCAAGAAAUGGGAACACCUUAAGAAUGAAUUUUUUCUUCAUGUAAAUUUGACAGCAGAAUUCCCAUUGUCUUUGACAGGGACGGCUAUGUCCCUAUACUCUUAGCUGUUAAGCAAAGCUUCAAACAUUAUUGUCUCCUUUAUUUAAGAUUAGGCUAGCAUUCUGAAGGAAAAUUGAUAAAAGUAUUCAAAAUCCUUAUGCUCCAAAACCGCCUGUGCAUAGAUCAUGACAGAACUCCCCUUGAGGCAGAUCCUUCCCUCCCCCAUGUAAAUUUUAUACAAAGAACUUUUAUGAAUUGCUAGUUAUUGCCUGAGAGUAAGAAAGUUCUGCUAACUUACAAUUAUACUAGAUAUUUAAUAUCAACCACAAUAUGUAUUUAAAUGUCUGCUUUAUUCUAAAAACAAUGGACUAUAUAACCUAAGGCUGGAGUAUUUUCAUGCUCAGUCUCACAAAGCAAAACUUGGUUUAAAUGAAGUUUUAAUUAUUUUGUAACUGAAUAGAAUUGGAGGUUUUUUUUCCCAGCAUUUUGUACGUCAUUUUAACUACUAGUAACAAAUAAAUAAAAUA